AUGGCGACAGCGAAGCCACCUAUAUUGACAGUCAAUUUCUUUCGCGCUGUUAGAAGCUGCCGACCACAGACAUAUCACAGUAUUUGCAAUCGACCGACUGCGUUAUCAUGGAUAAACGAACUGCAUACUUCCAGUCAAAGGCUACAACAGGAGCAGGGCUAUCAGCGAUAUGGACCAGCUGCGACACCGGCAAUGCCACCACCACCCAAGCCCAGUGAUCCAUAUCUACCUAGCACAGAGCAAGCGAAGAAAGAUGCGUCAGAUAUUGAGGUGAAAAGGACAGAGCACAAGAAGAAUAGGGAGAAAGACAAGGAGGAGGAACAACGCGAUGUACAGAAACAGAACGACGUCGAGAAGAAGGCCGAGCAGAAGGAAGACUCCAGCCCUCAGCCAGAAGAUACCCUGCAAGCUACCGAUGUCAAGCCUGAGGAGCCAGCACCGAAGCAGCAUCAACAACAACAACCACCACCUCAAAAACCUCCGCAAAGUAUUGACGACGGUCCAUUACCCAAUCGAGAGCUAGAUAUAGUCCUCUCCAUCCCCUCCCCAAGCGAAGUAAAAGCAGAUGGCGCCUCCUCGCACCACCCCCACCUCGAAGCCUCUCCAUACGAGCACCACUUCGACACCUACAGCCUCGUCCAAGAACUCUGCAAAGAGGCAGCGCCCAACCCCCACGACCCCAAUGCGUCACCCGACCAAACCUUCUCCUCAAAACAAGCGAUAAUACUCAUGAAGUCCAUCCGCCUGAUGCUUGCGCAGAACCUCGACCUAGCAAAAGAAGGCCUGGUAAGCAAGAGCGACACCGAGAACGAGACAUAUCUAUUCCGCGCAGCGUGCAGCGAGCUUAAGACAACGAUGCAGACGUCGCGGUUCAUGGAGGCGCAAAAGCAGCGGAGUCAGAGAGCACAGUUACAGCAUGAAUACGAUAUACUUAAUCAGAAGGUGGGAAACGACGUCGCUUCCAUGCGCGAAGAACUCAAGGGCAUGUUCAAUGACCGUAAGCUAGGUCUAGCUGAUGAGAAGCGGAAAGUGGAUGGGAAAAUACAGAGUCUGUCAUAUCGCAUCUCGGUAGACCUCAACUCAGAUUCGAGGUCCGAGGUUGAAGGACUCCGAUGGGUCCUGACUAGGAGAGCAGCGCUAGCCAUAGGUGCUGCGGCGAGCAUGACACUGGCGUUCCUGCAGUAUUACAGUGUGAAGAGUAGGGAGCAGGCGGAGAUUGAGAAGAAGAGGAAGGCGGCUCAGCGAGAGCAAGAGGAGAGGUUGAAAAGAGAACAGGAUCGUUUUGGUACGAGUACUGUGGCAAUGGGUAGGAGUGCAGGUACUCAGACGGAUGGAAUUGUGCUGGGAGGAACAGCUGGUGGCAAUUACGAGGAGAGUCUAGGAUAG